AUGCCUUGUGGGGACUACGUUCCUGAGGGCAAAGGCGACGACGGGCAGGACCGCGUCAAAGAGCAUCUUGACAGCUGCCCCAGACGUGCGCGGGGCUCCAAGAGUCCUUCGGGCGACGAUACCGACCGCAGCUCCACUGGCACCCCUGAGCUGGACGCCAGCGCCAAAGGGCGCCUGGACGACUCCAGCAGAAGUCCGCCGGACUCCAAGAGCUCUUCGAGCGACGAUUCCGACCGUAGCUCGGCUGGCACCCCUAAGACGAGCGCCCGCGUCGGCAGCGACGAGACAUUCACUCAACCCGCCAUCAGCAUCAGAGGCAUGAAGGUUACGGCCCGCAGGGCCGUGUUCCAAAACCUGGUCGUCUCCCAGACAAACAACCACACGGUCUAG